AACAUAACUCUUGUUUUAAUUUCUUUCUUUCCCUAAGAAAAGUUUCUCUUCAUUUUAUUUCUUCUUCUCAUCCAUUUUCAAACCUUGUUAUCCUUUUGCCACUCACAUUGUAGUACAAAUCAUAUGAUAUACAAAAGUAACUAGCUAGUUGCAUGCGUCUGUAUAAUGCUCUACAACAAGGUUGUUAUUGAGGAAUCAGAGCUAGAGAAAAGGAGAAAGGAAAAAUCAUAUAGUAAGAUGAGAUAUGAAGCACUGAUCAAUUUGGUCAUUGGAGGGGUCAAGAAUGAGAAAUUCAAAGGGUUGCUAAAUGAUGGCAUAAAGGGUGAACACAAACUCAGAUUUAUCACGCUUGCUCGGAAGAGAUCAUCUCUUUUGAAGCUUUGGACACUUCGAGCUGCAUUUGUGAUGCUGCUUUGGACCAUUAUUGUAGUGCAAUUCAAAGGCCUUGGUGACAUGGUAACACCUGCCAUGUUCAAGACUAGUACUCAUUCUUCUGCCUUCUCUCUACCACCUCAAAGGGUUUACGAGAAUAAUAAUGGGUAUCUAAUGGUUUCUUCGAAUGGAGGAUUGAAUCAAAUGCGAGCUGGAAUAUGUGACAUGGUUACCAUUGCAAGUUACUUAAAUGUUACACUAAUAGUUCCCGAGCUGGAUAAUAUCUCUUUUUGGAAUGAUCAUAGCCAAUUCAAAGAUAUAUUCAAUGUGGAUUAUUUCAUCAAUUCAUUGAGAGAUGAGAUUCAGAUACUGAAAGAGCUUCCUCCCCAACAAAAGAAGAAGGUGGAAACAAAAUCCAUCUAUUCCAUGCCACCCAUUAGUUGGUCAAAUAUGUCAUAUUACUACGAUGUGAUUCUUCCCCGGAUAAAAACAUAUGGGGUGGUACACUUCACUAAAUCUGAUGCAAGACUUGCAAAUAAUGGGAUUCCUGAGGAGGCUCAGAAACUUAGAUGCCGAGUGAAUUACCAUGCUUUGAGAUUUGUUCCUCCAAUUGAGCAAUUGGCCAAGAAGAUUGUUAAGAUUCUUAAGGAAAGAGGGUCUUUCUUGUCACUUCAUCUUAGAUAUGAAAUGGACAUGAUAGCUUUCACUGGUUGCAAUGAAGGAUGCAACAAGGAAGAGAUUGAUCAGUUAACAAAAAUGAGAUAUGCUUAUCCAUGGUGGAAAGAGAAAGAGAUAGAUUCUGAGAAGAAAAGAAAAGAUGGUCUUUGCCCUCUGACUCCUGAGGAAACUGCUCUAACACUACGUGCAUUGGACAUUGAUCGUAAUAUUCAAGUUUAUAUUGCUGCUGGGGACAUAUAUAAACCAGAGAAAAGAAUGGCAAGUCUCAAAGAAGCCUUCCCAAAUCUGGUUAAGAAGGAGACAUUAUUGGAACCCACGGAGCUUGAUCCUUUCCGGAACCAUUCAAACCAAAUGGCAGCAUUAGAUUAUUACGUGUCAAUAGAGAGUGACAUAUUUGUUCCCUCAUACAUAGGGAACAUGGCAAAACUGGUUGAGGGCCACAGAAGGUACUUGGGAUUCAAGAAAACAAUUCUUUUAAACAGAAAAAUUCUGGUGAAACUCAUAGACAAGUACAAAAAUGGGAUCAUAAAUUGGAACCAGUUCUCCACUUCAGUGAAGGUAGCUCAUGCAGACCGUGUAGGGAACCCAAUUACAAGAUCAAUGGUGCCUGGAAAACCCAAGGAAGAGGAUUAUUUCUACACAAACCCACAAGAGUGCUUGUCACCAGUUGAUGGACCUUAACUUCACAUCACAAGCUAGAGACUUUAUGCUCUAUUUUGUGAUGGAAUUGAACCAGAGUGGAAAGAAGAUUCAUUAACAUAAGGAUCAAUCACACUGACUAAGUUUGCAAUUUGGAUUUUCUUUAAAUAAUCAUAGAGGUGUAAUUAAAUUCAAACACUGGUAUGAUAGUUAUGUAACAUCGAUAUCAUUAUAUAACUGUUUGUUAUAUCUUUAUGUAUUUAUUGUUUU